AUUUAGAUUCACUAAACACAAACCUUAAACAUAGCUGUUUGAGUGAUCUUUCUAUUUGUUUCGUAUUUCCUUAGUUAAAUUUAAUUUAAAUUGUUUCAAAAUGGAUGAUUGGGCCGAUGGUUCAGGAUUAGCUGGGGCUGUUAUGUCUGAGCAACCCGAAAUUAAACUUUUCGGUCGAUGGACGUCUACCGAUAUUGAAGUUUCCGAUAUUUCAUUGACUGAUUAUAUCGCAGUCAAAGAGAAACAUGCACGAUAUCUCCCUCAUUCAGCUGGUCGAUAUGCUGCUAAGCGUUUCAGGAAAGCUCAAUGUCCCAUAGUAGAAAGAUUAACUAAUUCAAUGAUGAUGCACGGCCGAAACAACGGAAAAAAGCUCAUGGCUGUCCGUAUUGUUAAGCACGCUUUUGAAAUCAUCCAUCUGUUGACAGGAGAGAAUCCAUUACAAAUCUUAGUUGAUGCUGUUAUCAACAGUGGUCCUCGUGAAGAUUCAACUAGAAUUGGUCGUGCCGGUACUGUUCGUCGUCAAGCUGUUGAUGUCUCACCACUUCGUAGGGUUAACCAAGCUAUUUGGUUACUAUGUACUGGUGCUCGAGAAGCUGCUUUUAGAAAUAUCAAGACUAUUGCCGAAUGCUUAGCUGAUGAAUUGAUCAAUGCCGCUAAGGGAUCAUCAAACAGUUAUGCUAUCAAGAAAAAGGACGAAUUGGAACGUGUCGCUAAAUCCAACCGUUAAAUCUGUAAAAUUUCUGAGAAAUUAAUUAAAUAUGAGUUUGUCAAGAAA